AUGCUUGCACUUGAAAUGGUCGUGACCGUGUUCAAUCCUCUCAACACAACAAGACACUGCCAGCCAGUAACACCAGAGAAGAGGCCGGCCAGCAAAAUGGCCGACCUCGCCUCCCUCGAAAACAGCACCGCGGCGCUAAUCCUCCACUCCAGAUCGAAGACCUUGAGCAGCUCGCAGCCCGCGGCAAAGGCAAAGCCCGAAUCGACCAGCCCCCCGAUGCUGAUAUGGAGUGCAAUCGUAGCUAACCGCACCAUGGCGAAGAGCGUGGGCACUGCUGUGGUGGCGGAUGGAGCGCGUCUAGUGGAAUGUGAGACGCAGGAGAGACUUAAGACCCGGGGCCAUGAGAAAGCGAGACAGAUUGCUGGGAUGGAUGCGUCUGCUAAAGAGCAUCCUGCUGAGAAUGACAACCUUGAUGAUAUCGUGCAUAAGCUGCAGCAUGCACAUGUGACUGGGGUUUAUAUGUCGGAAUAUCGAGGUUCCUUACCGAACAAUACCAACUGA